AUCCCGGCUACACGGCAUCAUGAGUGUGCCCCUCGUCUGCGACUACGGCUCCGGCUUCUGCAAGGUGGGCUUCUCAGGAACAGAAGCACCCGUGGCCGUGUUCCCGACCAUCCUUGGGAAGCUUCGGCAUGACAAUCCGCUGGUAGGAAUGGAAGAGGAAGACUGGUUCAUUGGGGAGGAGGUUCAGAGAAGACGAGAGAAGCUCAGCCUGCAGUAUCCCAUCGCUCGGGCCACCAUUACCAACUGGGACGACAUGGAGAAGAUCUGGCAUCACUCCUUCUACCAGCUGCUCCGCACGGCCCCAGAGCAGCACCCUCUGAUGCUUACAGAACCACCUUUAAACACGAUGUCCAACAAAGAGAAAGUGUCACAGAUCCUGUUUGAGACUUUCAACGUGCCUGCCCUGUACUUAGCCAACCAAGGAGUCCUUUCUCUCUACGCCUCGGGCCUAAUUUCCGGAACGACCAUCGAAUCUGGAGAAGGAGUGACAUACUUUGUGCCCAUCACUGAUGGCUGUGCUCUGCACCAGUCGACGAUGAAGAUGGACAUGGCAGGCCAAGAUAUAACCUUGUACCUCCUGCAGCGACUGUCAGAAAGGGGGCACUCAUUUAUGGGCACAGGGGACCGGGAGUAUAUCCGGGACAUGAAAGAGAAAUGUUGCUAUGUGGCUUUGGACUUUGACAAGGAAAAAAUGGAAGCCCAGUCGCCUCCCCCCGCACAGAAGUACCUGCUGCCUGAUGGCCGGGAGAUCGACCUUGGGCCAGAGAGGUUCUUCUGCCCUGAAGUGCUUUUCCAGGCAGACCUCAUGGGGCGCAACAGCCUGGGCAUCCACAUGACCGCCUUCCGCUGCAUCAGCUCCUGCAGCCCCGCCCUCUGGAAGAGCCUCUUCGGCUACGUGGUGCUGUCUGGAGGUACUGGCUCCUGCUCAGGCCUGAGGUCCCGGAUGCAGAGAGAGCUCUCGGCGCUGGUGUCCCCGACCAUCAGCAUGAAGGAAUGUGUGCACAGUGCGAGGCUUUCGGAGCAUAUGGCCGAACUGCCCUCGGAAGCCUCCAGCCCCGACCUGUCACUGCAGUCUCCCUGCGUCACUAUUCCUCUGCAGGAGGCCAAGGUGAGUGCCUGCGAGAGAGUUCAGGGUGGGAAAGACAAGGAAUACAUUCUGUCGGAGGUGGUGACAGAAAACAACAGCACAGACAGAGCACCCACUUAA